AUGCUUUCGAGAUUCGUCUCUCGAGCAAUAUUGCAAAUUGUUUCUACUCGAUUGACAAUUCCUUCUAUAGCUCAUCGACUACAAAGUUCUACUUCAAAUUCCAAAUCAGAUCGUCAACAAACAUCUUCAACUUCUGGAAUAAAAGAAAUAGAUGAAAAUGAAAGUUUUCUUAAUAGUCGUGAUGCAGCACAAGCGAUUGCUGAUGAAGAAAUAAUUGAUAGUGUUGAACAAGCAACAAGUGAUCGUGCUGAAAAGAUUAGUCAAGCUAUGAAGAAUUAUUUAUUGAAAUCAAGAGAAAAACAAAAGGUACUCGAUGAAAAAAAUUAUGAAUAUGAAAUUGGACGAAGACAUUUAGCAAGAAUUAUGGGUGAAGAUCCCGAAGAAUUUAAUCAAGAAAAAAUUGAUGAUGCUUUGAGUUAUUUACUUCCAUCAGGUUUACUUGAUGAACGUGCCCGACCUAAAAUGAGACCACCUGAAGAAAUGUAUCCAAAAGAAAAAGCCGUACAAUUCGAUAAAGCUGGUCGACCAUUUCAUUUUUUAUAUUAUACAGCUAAACACAAUUAUUAUGAUGUUUUACAUACGGUUGCUAAUAAAAUUGAAGAACUUAAAAAAGGUGAAGUUGCUAUGCUUGCAUCUGGUCGUGAACCAGAUUAUAGUCAAAAUGAUGAAUUUAAUUAUACACAAUGGGAAAGUAAAGAAAUCUUUGAAAAACGUUUCUUAGAAAAACUUGAUGAUGAACAAUAUAAAACAUUAAUAAUAUGUUUAAAUCGUCUUGUUAAAAAUCCAAUGGCAUACACAAUAAAAGAUUAUAUAAAUUCAUUUCGAACAAAAUUAGCUGAUACAAUUAGUAAACAACAUAUUGAACCAUUACGUUACGAUGUUGAUGGUCGACCCUAUCAAAUAACUAGUGGUAAGUAG